CUUCGCUGGUGAGAAUUAGCCCAACAAAUCUUCUUCCCCUCGUGCUUGUCGAAUAUUCGUCGAAUUCGAAAAGCAUCUUGGGAUUGCUGUCCCCUGUCCCGAAACCCGCGGGAUUGCCCCUGUAGUAUGUGACAGGCAGCCCCUUAGGGAUGGCUUUGUUGUUCAGCACAUGCGCCCGUUUGCCGUCGUUCUAUUGAGCAGCCGCCAUCGUCCUUCACCGCGCACGACGAGGGAGCAGCUUCUUUGCGCAGAUUCAGUACCCUUCGCCUGUUAUUCUAUUCCGCUGUUGAAACCAGGUAUUUGAGUAAGGUUAAAGAGUAGGUUUUGCUGUUUUCUGGUAAUAAUGAACCCGGAAUCGGACAGCGAAGAACAAACUGGCUCAAGAAGUAGGCAUCCACCAUUCGGGCCUUUCGCCCAGCCUUUCCCAUUCCAUGACGUCCAUGACACAAGCAAUGUCUCACUCGAUGAGCGUUUCGCAGAGUCUUUCGGAUGACGAACCCUCAUCCCCUGAAUCCACCUUCGAUGGCAGUGAUCUAUUGACUUCUACUGUCAACGAUGAAGUUACAGCACAGCUCGCCGCUUCCGGGCCUGUAGGAGUUGCCGCCGCCGCUGCGAUAGCCACUGGAAAAAAGAGAAAAAGACCUCAUUCCUUUGAAACUAAUCCUUCGAUUCGCAAACGACAACAGACGCGUUUGUUGAGGAAGCUUCGAGCCACCAUUGAUGAGUAUACUACGCGCGUAGGGCAACAGGCUAUAGUACUCUGCGUGUGCCCUGGAAAACCAAAUCCUCUCUUUAAAGUUUUUGGAGCCGUACCGCUUGAGAAUGUUAUACGGAAUAUGAAACAACUGAUCUUGCCUGAUUUGGAAAAUGCAUUAGCAGAACAUGCUCCUCCACAAGCAACAGAGAAUCCAGACAUCCCUACCCUCCCUCCCUUAGUGAUUGAUGGCAUACCAACUCCAGUUGAUAAAAUGACCCAAGCCCAGCUGAGAGCAUUUAUCCCUAUGAUGCUACGAUAUUCUACUGGGCGUGGAAAGCCUGGAUGGGGUAAGGAGUCAACUCGACCAAACUGGUGGCCUGUUGACCUACCUUGGCAGAAUGUUCGCAGUGACUGCCGGUCAGAGGAGCAAAAGGCAAAAGUGUCAUGGACUAAUGCCUUACGGCAGAUAGUUAAGAAUUGCUACAAGUAUCAUGGCAGAGAAGAUUUAUUGCCACUUUUUGCAGAAAAUGAUGCAGUCCAGCAACACCAGUAUGCACACCACCCCCAACAGAUGGUCCACACCAUCUCAAAUGCUGACGGUACUGUGUCACUGAUACAGGUGGAUGCAUCAGGAGCUGUGAGUACUAUUGCAGAUGUUUCGCAUUCCCAGACAGAAGCCACACAAGCCGUUGCCACACUAGCAGAAGUUGCUGCAGCAACCCAAGCUGAGGUCUGUCUACCACAUGGCCAUCAGAACAUGGAGCACGACCAGUUGUCACACUCAGAAGCGGCCGCGCAAGCUGCUGUUGCCACACUUGCAGAAGCAACUCUUGCAGAUGGAGGCCAGAUAGUCUUGCCUGAACAUGCUGCUGCCGCAUUACAGGGUGUCCAGGGUGACCUUUCCACCUCUCAGAUGGUGACAAUACCAGUUCAAGCUGCUGCAUCGUUAAUGCAAAUACAGGGCCACACUAUGCUGACCAACUCACAGGCACAGUUCAUCACCUCCGUUCCACAAGUUGCCAUGGCGCCACACACCAUCGUUACUGUGACUUCAGGUGGUCAUACUCAUCAUCAUCACAUUGUUGACACCAACUGUGAUGGGGUGCCUGUGGCGACACAAGCAGUUGAAGUAGUAACCCUUGAUAACACUCAGGAAUCUAUGACAUAGUCCACUUCACAGCGUAAAUGAUGGACUUUGUUAUUAGGUAGGCACAAAGUGCAAGUGAGUGCAUGUUACUCUUUUAUCAGUAUUCUAACAAUUAUUGUCAAUGAAAUCAUCUUGACAUGGCUCCUGUCAAAAAAGUCAUCAUGGAUAUUUAUUACAAGAAGCUACGACAACUGUUCUUCCUCUUCUGGAUGUUUUAUUUUGACUUCCUAAUUGAUUUUCAUUCCCUAUGUAAAGGCCACAUAGUGGCUAUUCAAACAUAUUUAUUUUGAUCAAUUUAAGUUUAUAUAUUGUAACUUUGACUAAAUUAAAAUAAUCCAAUACUAUUAAUUGUAAAAAAAAAACCUGGCUCUGAACCCCAAAGUGAUGAACUCUGAAAUAGCCAAGUAUUUUAUUUGACCCUUUUUCAGCUGGAAGUGCAUUGGAUUUCAAUAUAAUCUUGUAAUAAAAUUGUGUUAGUCAGUAUAACAGGGUUCACAGAGGUCUAAAUUCAGUGUUCUUUAAAGUAAUAAAAUAAUUUAAAAAAAACCCUAUAAAAUCUUGGUAUUCGAAA